GACUGGACGGGCAUUGAUCCCACACAGGAGCUGCAGUUCCAGGCCUGCGGUGUGGAGGCAGCUGCUUCGGGCCAGGGCUGUUCUGCUCUGGAGCUUCGGGUCCGCCCGGACCUGCUGCCACAGGUGGCAGAUCGACUCCUUCUGUCCAUGCCUGUGGAUCAAGCAGCUGCACAGGGAGAUCUCGAGGUGCAUUUGGAUGAUCGAGGGCUUUCAGGCCGUGGGGAGCCGCUGAGCGACAUGUGGCGCGUGAAACUGCGGGUGUCUCCCACGGACCUCCCUCCAUCCUUUCUGGUUCACGGCCUGCAAGAUGGGCCCGGCGAGUCCAUGUUCCACGCCGACCACAACAGAACUCGACCAGGCUUGGAAGAUCCUGUGACACGUGCUGGCGGGCUGGGGGUGCAACUGAUCCCAGCCGACCAGAACGAAGGCAGAAUAUAUGAAUGCAAUGUCUCCGUUCCAUAUGGGGGUGAGGUGGAGCUUGCUCAAUACAACAACAAGUUUUUGCCAGAGGAAGCCAUAGCGGAUGUGCAACACCGCUUCGGGGCUGGCCUUCGGACUUUUCUGGCCCUUCGUGCUACCCUUCGAAACCUCAAUGUUGCUCUUCAGGUGAUUCGCUUCAAGCCCUUCCCAGGAUUCACAGGCUCCGCAUUCCUGCGGGUGACGUCCAAGCUUGUGGACUCCAUGCAUGCCAACGUUACGGAGGUGCCUAUCUAUGUGGAGCCACCCGUGACGUGCAAUGCUUAUAUGAAGAUCGCUGACGAGCUGGAGAUCAAUGGGACCGAUGUACGCAAAGUUGGCGAAUACAUGCUUAUCUAUGCCAUGGCAUCUGGUUACCAAGAAUCCAAGAGUGUUCAGACGGUGGACACGCUGCGACAGCGUCCACAGGAAGACUGUGAUUCAGUUACUGUGGAGGUGGUGCUGGGGCCGCUUCAUGCUACAGUUGAGCCCCCAGCGGUAAAGGCAAAGGCUGCUGGAGGACGCGGGUACUUAUUCCUCAACGGAUCGGCAGCAGAUAAUGACUGUGUGCUGGCGGAUACCCAUCGCGCAGGCAAACUCUCCGAGAUCAAUGCGACGCUUCCGCACUUGUGCUAUCGAUGGUUGUCAGAUGCUGGUCAGGAGGAGCCUUUCGGGACCGAAGCAAGAGUCAGCCUCUACAUACGUGCAUACUUGUCUGCGGAUGAUCCACGGGAUCUGAUCUUGGGAACCAUGGACCUGGUGGUGCUGCCCUCUGAGGCAGAAGAGCCCAUGGACAUGGUCAAUGUUACUAUGCCAGUAUCGCCAGCCUUGCAGUUGGUAGCAACGAAGUCUUCAGCUGCUGGUGCGGUGGAAGUCUUGCAGGGAGCGAACAUGACACUGAGCACCGUCUUGCAGCUUGAAGCGGAUGAAAGCACGCACCCUUGGCCGGUGGAACUGGACUCGCCAACCUACUUCGAGUUGAAUUUGAGCUUGGCAGAUGGCCUGACCUUCGCCAUGCCACUGCCAGUUCACUGCACCACUGCGGAGUUGGUAAGCCGAGCGAAUGCCAACGAGCAGGUAAUCCAACAGGACGUGUCUAUUUUCAGCGCGUCCCUCGCCCCGCGAACCAGGCUCAACCUGCAUGCCUCUUUUGCAACGAUGCAGACAUGCCUGGACCAGUUGGAGGUGCACAUCCCGUGGGACACUCCGGUCACUGCACCAGCGCUCUCCACCGGACCCUACCUCAUGUCGACCGUGCCCGCCAAUGGGUCGACGGAAGUGAGCACAUCAGACUUCCAAGUGCUUCUAACGUUCAAUGAUUGGGUGCAAGCCGGCGAGGGAUACUUUCAUAUCGUGGACUGCGGGGCUGACAAUCUGUGCGGCGCCGUUGGGAAUAUGGAUGACCGCGUGAUAGACAUAUCGGUUCACGAUGCUUUCUCAGUAUCUUUCAACAAGCACCUGGUUUUGAUCAAGCACUCCGAGCGCCUCCGCGGACUGAACCUCCACCAGUUUGUGAUUCCGCCGGGAGCCAUCCGCGACAUUUCAGGCGUCGACUUCCCUGGUGUCUUGGCGACGGACUUCACCUUUCGGACAGGCCUCGCAAGCUCAACGCCACUGGGUUGGCGCCUGACUUCGGGGAACAUCAGCGAUGAAGUCGGUCAGUUCUUCCUGUCGAGUGACUGCACGACAGAUCUGAUGCAGGGGACACCUGCAUCGAGCAGUGAAGCAAAUACCUCCAUCUGGCAGGAGUUCAGUCAGUUCGAGGCGAACUUGGCUUUCGAUCAGAGGCUGCCCAAGAAGCAGGAUUCCUCUUGCCUCGAAGAGCACAACGUUUCGUGGACACCCAAGUCUCGUCAGUCUCCAGCUUCCAGUGUAGCCAUGAAAGGGAAAGUGGGGGAGGUGAAGCCUGACGAGAUCUAUGCCACUGGCCGACAGAGUGUUGACUCGAAGUUGGUGAGCAUGUGGUACACCCUUCAGUCAUUCGGAUACACAGAGGAGUGUGUGUCACUGUCCUCCGAUCUGUCUAUGAUCUUUGGGAAUGAGUUUGAUACCGUAGCUCCUCGAAUGGUAAGCAGCGUUCCGGCCCUGUCCAGCAGCCUGGCCGUCAGCACCACGCAGAGGAUCUCGCUCGUUUUCAGCGAGAGGAUCCAGAUUGUGCCUGGCAGCGAAGUUCGCUUGGUGGAUGCAGGGGACGAUGGAUUGUGUAGCACUGCGGAUGACACUGUUCUUUCUAUUCCGGUGGAGCUGCCAACUGCCUAUGCCAGCUUCCAAGUUGGUAACGGGUCCUGA